AGAAAAAGGAAUAGAAAAAUAAAUAAAUAAAUAAAUAUAUGGAAUAACUAUUCAGAUCAAGCUGCAAUAGCAAAGCAUGUCGGGAAAACGCAAAUCGACACCAAACAAAUUUGAUGCCGACUCAAAUAGCUCGCAGGGAUUAGAAGGAGCAUCCGCUGAGACUGGACGACAAUUCCAAUUUAAUCUGAACGAUAUUGCAGUCUCGGCUGGUAAAAUGCAAAAACAGAUUCUCAAUAAUAACAAUAACUAUAAUGAUAACGAGGUCGUGAGCUGUAAUGUGAAGAGUAGGACCGAGUGCGACAUUAUUUGUAAUUCGGAAGUUGCAGCAGUAGUGGUUGGCGACGGCGAGGGUGAGGGCGAGAGCGAUGGCAAGGGCGAGGAUUAUAUGCGAAUGGGCUUAGGACUUGGCCUGUGCGCAGUUUUGGAAAGCGAUGGUGAGCACACUGAUUUGGAUAUUGACAUAAGGAGCAUAAGCCCAAGAGUUACUUCCAAUGCCAGUGAAGACGAGUCGGAUAUUGACAAUGUUAGUCAUUCUUCCCAUCAUACUAUAACAACGGCGUCAUCUGCAAAGAAGCGUAUUAAAAAAACAUCUAAGUUACGUCUACUUAAUGGAACUUCAAAGAUGGCGCGAGCUCAACAGAUUAGCAUAUCUGGGAGUCCAGGAGCACAGGAGCAAAACCCAAUAAACGCUGAUGCUUCGGGCUCAUUUCCGGUUAAUUGCCCCGAUGGAGAAGCGAUCCAACGAUUUGUUAACACAGCACAGUUUAACGAAGACGACAUUGAGGAUACGAAUCUCACUUUUUUCAAGAGCGAAUACAGUACAUUGAUAAAACAGGAACUUAAUGAUAAACUGGAACCUCCACCACCUAAGCUGAGUGCUAUCGUCACGAAAGAUGAACUUAUGGAGCACGAUGUCAUCGGCAAAGAGCAGCGCAUUUUCCAUAUACCAUGUCGAAAUUCAGCUUCUACUAUUAAGAAUUUUGAUGGAGAACAUUAUUUUCCCAGCCGAACGGAGCUUCCACCAUUAAUUGUUCCUCCCCCUGUAUCUGACACUUUUGGCAAGCAAAGCGUUUUAGAGGACGGGCCGUUGCCGAAGUCCACAAGAGAGAAUAGCGCGUUGACUGCAAGAGGACAAUCACAGCGAUCGCAUGGGAAGGACCGGACUGUCUCCGAAAUGAUUCAACAUCUGCAGCUCAUCCGAAGUAGAUUGAUUAACCAGGCACAGUUUGAAAGCAUGACUGACAUUGAGGCAAAUAUUCAACAGCAGCAGCAACAGCUCCAAAAUGUUCAACGAAUGCACCAGGAGAGCUGCCUGCAAGAGCUGCACCAGCAGCUAAGUGCUCAAUUCACGGCGGCGCACCAUCAGCAUCAACAGAUUGUUCCCACAGUGCCAAGUAAUCUAGUACCAUUUCUACCAUUCCUGCGUCCUCCCGUGCCCACCGCCGCUCAGCAGCUGGCGCACAUAAUGCCCGGCCAUGUGGCGCCGCAGUCGCACUACAGUCAAAGUGACAACCACAAUAGCCAUGUUCACCCACACGCCCACAAGCUGGCAAUGCAACCGAUGUGGCCAACAGCGGCGGUUGCAGCAGUCCACAUUCAAGCGGCUCUGGCUGCGGCCGCAGUGGCUGCCACCAACAACAAUAAUAACAAUAAUAAUAACAACAAUAAUAAUAGUAAUAAUAAUAGUAAUAACGGUAACAAUAUUACCAAUAGCAGCAAUAGUAACAACAACUCCAUGUUGGCCCAAACCCAAGCUGCCCGAAAAUACUCGAAAGCUGAAGCGACAGAUGCCUCGAUGGAGGCUCAUAAGAUAGGAACCGAAUGUGGUAUUGAGGGUGGAGUGUCAAGAUCAGAAUCGCCCAUCCACAGAUCCAAUAGUGCAGCCGUGCUCAUGUACAGCCAUAACACGCCUCCUGACUCUCCCCAGGGGCGAUCUGGGGUGCCAGCAGUUAGCGUAACCCACGGCACAGACGACGGUUUAAUCUCAAUAAAUUACCCAUCUUCGCCGACGGAGCGUCAAAAUGUGGCCAACAAGUCUGAAGUCUUAAGCUCUGAAAUGGAUGCGCCACUUAACCUUUCUAAGCCCAAGGGCUCACCUGGCUCGUCCCCGAUCAGCUCUUGCUUAAGGGAUCAACGGGAGCGCCUGACCCCCGUUGUGCCAAGUCCGCCGCUGAACUGGCAGCAGAUGAGUCAAACGGUCCCAGUCGCCUCCCAUCAGCAUCAACCCUCAGCGUUGUUCUCUGAUGUCGAGGGCAGCUACUUGCAAUCCCGCGGCCGAAUGUGGAAUGCAGCCAGUGGAUGCGUGAGUGAGCCGAAUCCACAGUUGUCCACCGGUGGAGCGAGGGGCGGCUCUGCUCGAGUGGCCCGCAGUAGUCGCGAUUCUGUAAACAGCUGCGGCACCAGCUCAGAAAGAUCAGCUGUAUUGGAUCCGGAAUGCCAUGCGCAUGCCCAGUUGGGCUCACAGCCACAACGGCAUGGCCAUGGACACAGCAAGCCGCAUAUUAAAAGACCCAUGAACGCUUUCAUGGUGUGGGCCAAAGAUGAGCGCAGGAAAAUAUUAAAGGCGUGUCCAGACAUGCACAACUCAAAUAUAUCGAAGAUUUUGGGUGCCCGCUGGAAGGCGAUGUCAAACGCGGACAAGCAGCCCUACUACGAGGAGCAGUCGCGCCUUUCGAAACUGCACAUGGAACAGCAUCCCGACUAUCGCUAUCGUCCGCGUCCAAAACGCACUUGCAUAGUGGAUGGAAAAAAAAUGCGCAUAUCAGAGUACAAAGUCCUGAUGCGAAAUCGACGUGCGGAAAUGCGACAGCUGUGGUGUCGCGGAGGCAGUGGUCCAGGUCCAGCGGGCGCGAGCGCUGAGUGCCAAACUAGUCACGGGUCGGAGGGUACCAUUCAAGCAGCGGCAGCCGCUGCUGCUGCCGUAUAUCAUUUGCAGGAGAUGAGCCAAGCCGUUGUCGGGACGCAUGCGGACGAUUGCGAGACGCCACCUCCGGCUCUAAUACUUGAUGGGCCCGUCGCUAGCAGUAACUACUACUAUCCACCGGAGAGCCUGUCGCCAUCGGGCUUUUCCUCUGAGGACAUAGAAAUGUCAUCGCUGCGUGAUGUCGACGACUAAGAAUCGGCAUUGGUGAUCCUAUGAGGAGCCUCAAGCCCCAAAAUAUAAAAUAAAAAACAGUGAAGAAAAGCAUGGCACGCCCUUACCUGCAUAUAAACAUACAUAUAAUAAUAUAUUCACUAUAGAGGCCUGGCAAAUUGCACCUUUACAAUGAUGUAAAGCACAGGGGAAAAGGUCUAUGGCCCUGGCCUUGAUACGGAUGAAAAUAAGACAAGAACGCAACUCUCUUCAACUUUGAUUUAAGUUUUUGCUUGUAAAUAUACAACGACUUAGGCUAAAAUCUGUGUAUAGUCCUUUAAGUUUCAGUUCAAGUGCCAUUACUUACACAAACACACAUACGCAUACACCAUACAUUUAAUUUGGAUAGAAUGUUUCGUAGUCGACGAGAAUGGUUCGCUGGAUUCUGUUCACGAGGAAGCUCCAAUUUUUGUGCCAUUUAUGCACCAAUGCCAUAGCAAAAUAUUAAUUUACUAGUAGGUAGUUAGUAACUUGGGAUGAUAAGUUAAUCCCGUAUCGGUACAUCCAUAUUAACAUAUUUAUAUUCUUAUAUCAUAGGCACGGAUUCAUCAAGUUCGUCUCCAUAUCGAUCAUAUUCAAUGAAAAGGUAUAACUAUAAUACACAAACACACAUAUAUGGUAGUUACCUAUACAUACUAUAUGGGAAAAGGUAUGUACAUACAUAAAUAUACAUACAUAAAAAUGUAUGAUUGUAGUUUUAGUUGUGUGCUAUUUAGCCCAAUCCCUUUGGGCGCACAAUCAAAAUCACUCUCAUCAUGUUAUACGAUAAGUAUAUACGAGUUUAGCCAACAUCUCUUAAAUAGUAACUUGAGUUCAUGAUCUAAUUAGUCAGAUAACGAUCGCUCUCUUAUAUUUCUGGGCGGAUAUGAUAACGCUUAUGCUAGCUCUAAAUCAACUAAGUUAUUAGGCAGAUUACUUACCAGACAAUUUAAUUUGUUUAGGAUUAUAGAUAUAGGUAUAUCGUACAAGUGUGCAUAGUAUCUAGCGGUGAAAUUAUGACAGCCGAUUUAUUUGAUUGUAUACAUCCAUACAUACACAUAUGCA